AUGGAAACUCAGCUGUCAUCGUUCUUGCAAGUUAGUGGGGUUUCCGAGGAAGAUAAUGAGACCAUUAUGAAGAUACGCCGGGCAGUAUCGAUGAGCGCUUCACUGCCAGCGAUAUCCGAAGAUGGGAAUCCCGCUCAGCAAGCUCCAGGUGCACCGGCAAUCCCUCCUCGGUCUUUGAGAAGAAAUUCGAAUAGGAACUUUGCUGUGGUUGGUGCAUCAAAUUUGAACCAUCAGGAGGAUCCACCAUCCUACUGGGAAGAUGACAAUUCAAUUGACGGAAAAUAUCCAGAAAAGCUAUCGCGGUGGACAAAAGAGAUUAUCAACAAUAAGCAUGUUGCAAAGAGGGGCGGCUGGCUGAGAUUAUGUCUGAUUGCACUUGUCGUCUUGUUGUGUAUUGUUGGGUUAGUGGUUGGCCUAGUCGUUGGACUGAGGAAAAAGGAUCAUAAACAGAGUAAUUCUUCGUCAGAUAAUGACGGGCAAACUGCAGGAUUUCCAGUUGGCAGCUACUCAAUCAACACCUUCCUGUCAAACGUAACUACAGAUUGCACUUCUAAUCCCAACACCUGGCUUUGCUAUCCUUUCUCAACCUACGCCCAAUCUCCAAACACUUCGGAAGCAACAUUCGACUGGAUCAUCUCUGUGGAUUCGAAAAACAUAAAGAACUAUUCCAUCUCAUCUACUGAAAACUACUUUUCCAUAAUGUUCGCUAAUCUCACGCUCACACUCAAAUCUGCCAACACAUUAAACGAGCACUACUUUCUCAGCACCACCGUGCGCAAGCCGACACGGCCAACGACACAAAUUGGAAACAGUAACCUCGCUGCAACAUGUCAAUUUGAUAGUACCUUUCAAGCAUACCUAUUUACGCGAAUGGCGAAGACGUAUCCAGAAUCCACCACGAACUCCGCGACGGAAAGUGGCGCAUUUACACCUUGGCCUUACGCUGUCAGAAUUGAACAACUCGCUACAAGUGGUGCUGGCACGCCCACAUGUACAGAUCCGAACGGAAAUUCGCUGGGAAACUUUGCUGUGUCAGAGCCUAACAGACAGUGUAGCUGUGACUACCUGAAUACUGGGACAUAG